UUCUGAGGCACCAAGCACAGGGACAGUAGGUUGUGAAGGAGAGUCCAACCUCUCCAUGUGGAUCUAUGUGUUCCUGGGGAAUGUCUUACGAGGGAUCGGGGAGACUCCAGUGCAGCCCCUUGGGAUCUCGUAUAUAGAUGAUUUCGCCAGGGAGGAAAAUGCUGCAUUUUACAUUGGCUGCGUUCAGACCAUAGCAGUCAUUGGUCCUGUGUUUGGCUAUUUACUGGGAUCCCUGUGUGCCAAAAUAUAUGUGGACAUUGGAUUUGUCAACAUGGAGAGUAUCACCAUAACCCCUGGUGAUGCUCGCUGGGUGGGGGCCUGGUGGUUAGGUUACCUUAUAGCUGGGGUGAUCACCCUGCUUUCAGCCAUCCCCUUCUGGUUCCUGCCCCGUUCCCUGGCCAUCCCAUCAGACCGAGGCCCAGCCCAGUGCACCCCGGAGCGGACUAGCUUCAUCAAAGACUCCCCUCUCCUGGAGCAUAAGUAUCAAGCUGACGAGCCAGACAGCUUUCUGGAGAUGGCCAAAGAUUUCAUACCAACGUUGAAAACCCUCCUGGGGAACCCAGUGUACUUCAUCUACCUGUGUGUGACCAUCAUUCAGCUGAACUCUCUCAUCGGCAUGGUAACCUACAAGCCCAAGUACAUAGAGCAGCAUUACGGACAGUCAGCAUCAAAAGCCAAUUUCCUGAUGGGUAUGAUCAACAUCCCUGCCGUGGCGUUGGGAAUUUUCACUGGCGGCCUACUCAUGAAGAGGCUGAAGCUGAGCAUCAUGGGAGCGGCCAAGUUUGCGUUCGGCACCUCUCUGAUAGGCUACUUCCUAUCCCUCUUAUUCUUCGCCAUGAGCUGCGAGAACACCAAGGUGGCCGGGAUCACACUGCCCUAUAACAGGGUGGAUGGUGUAUUGUAUGAGGAGCCCUCAGUGUUCUCAGACUGUAACUCAGACUGUGUGUGUUCAGGCAGAGACUGGGACCCUGUCUGUGGAGAGGACGGCAUCACGUACGUCUCUCCCUGCCUGGCCGGCUGCCAGACCUCCACAGGAUCAGGGAAGAACACGGUGUUCUCUAACUGUAGCUGUGUGGUGACAGCAGGGCUGAGCAGUGGUAACCUGACAGCCAGUGUAGGCCACUGUCCUCACAGAGACGACUGUGACCGCAUCUUCCCUUACUUCCUGGCUCUCUCUGUCAUCACUUCAUUUAUCAUCUCCCUGGGUGGCACGCCAGGCUACAUGGUCCUCAUCAGGUGUAUCAAGCCUCAACUGAAGUCCUUAGCUCUGGGGUUCCAUACUCUGUCCACACGUACACUUGCGGGUAUCCCAGCACCCAUCUACUUUGGGGCGAUCAUCGACACCACGUGUCUGAAGUGGGGCCAGAAGAGAUGUGGAGGGAGAGGAGCCUGUCGGAUAUACAACACUACAUCAUACAGGAUUGCGUACCUGAGUCUGACUAUGGGCCUGAGGACAGUUUCCUUCCUGCUGUGUAUACUGGGAUUCGUGCUGCUCAAACGACACCUGCGGAGAGAGGAACGCAGCGCCCACCAAGUGGCCAAUGGCGGAGCAGAACUGGAUGCACUCAAGAAAGAGGAGGUCCUAGCCUUCAACUCGGACCAAUCACUACGGACUUCAACAACAGACUACAACAACACAGAGAAAGAGACACGGCUGUGACAGCCUGAGCCAAUCUCCCCUGAUCCCUCACGUUACACACACACACACACCCGAGAUGUGCAGGAACCAAUAACACUCUGCGCCUGACCAUCUCAUCUCAUAGAACAUAAAUUAUAUAUUUGUACUGGACCUGUCUAGGUUAUGUAUAUUUAAAAAAUAACAUGUUUUUGAUAUAACUGAAGUAUUUCAUGGAUGUACCUGCUGUAUUUCACAAAAACACAAAUGUAACAACAAAGAAUGUCAUCUUUGUUAUUGGUACAAAGAAAGCAUUUGAUUGGAUUUGUUAACCAUUGGUUCAUUGUUUUUACUGCAGCGAGAGUCCAGUUUCGGUCACUGAGUAUUUUUGUAAUAACUCUCAAGGUAGUCUACGUUAUAAUAUUGUUAGACAGCCUCAAUCUGUUGAAAGAGAAUGUCAGACAUUCUGUGUUUCACUACUGUAAACAUUGCCAAAAUGUGAUCUCAAUAGCCCUGUUUAUACCUGGUUCUAACAUGCAUCCUUCGUCCUGAUCUUGUCCGUUUACACUUAUACACAGCAAAUUGGCCAGUGUUACCUAGUGUUGAUAUUUCAGUUUAACAUUUGUAGUGUUGAUUCCGGUGUUCAAUUAACUCUGUAAGUGUUAAAUUAACACUCAGUGGUGUAAAAUAACCCCACUGUUGGUUUUAAUAACCAGUGUUAAACCAAAACCACACUCAUCAUUAUCAUAUUUCCCAGCAUGCUCUAUUGCAGGUAGAUUUUUUAAAAUUGUUUAUUUCAAUAUCUAU